AUGGAAUCCUUGUUACCGUUUCUGCUCUUCGCAUUUGCCAAUGCCUGUGCACCGCCGGGUUUUGUUCAGAGUAAUGAUCCAGGCAAUGUCGGCGCAAGAUGCUCAGAUCUUAUUCUCUACCCAGUCUCAGCAGUCGAUCAAAGUGAUCAGUACAGGUUUGACUACAGUGACGUAAGCUUCGGUAAUACUCACGCUCAAGGGGCUACGGUAGCCAUAACUUGCACCACAGGAGGACAACCGGCUACGGUAGAAGGAUAUGAUCAGGUAACGUUCAGAGACAGACUAAUUCACUUUGAGAAACCC